AAAAAUGUCGGUAUCUAGGAAAUAUCUGGGUUUAGUUGUAAUAACAAGUUUUAUUCUGUGCAUAUGUGGAGAAUAUCUAGGGAAUGAUCAGAAAAAGCAUAACGUGCAUGAAAAAAUAGAGGAACCCUCAACAUUUAACAAAUCAUCAUAUAUUGGUCUGGCAGAUGGUAAUCCAUUUAAGAAUUGCAAGGAAAUAUUCGACUCAGGUGUAAAUAUUUCCGGAAUUUACGAGAUACAACCAAUUGGCUCCAAUAAAUUGAUAAACGUAACAUGUGACAUGGAGACAAGAGGAGGUGGAUGGACUGUAAUACAGAGAAGAAUUGAUGGAUCUGUUGAUUUCUAUAGAGACUGGAGAGAGUAUAAAUUUGGGUUCGGAGAUCUAAAUGGAGAACAUUGGUUAGGAUUGGAGAGUAUUUACCACUUGACAGCGUUUGAAGCUACCCAGCUGCUUGUGGAGUUGGUAGACAAGGAUGGAAUUAAUGCUUACGCUUUGUACGAAACUUUUGCCAUUGGUUCCGAAGUGGAGGGAUACUAUUUAAGUACUUUAAAGGGAUAUUCUGGGGAUGCUGGUGAUUCAUUGACUAACCAUUUAGGACAAGGUUUUACUACAAAAGAUCUGAAUUUAGAUCAAAGUACUGUUAACUGCGCCGAGGAAUACUUGGGGGCUUGGUGGUACAAAUCCGGUUACACGAGCAAUUUAAAUGGUAAAUUCAGAAGCAUGUUUCCACCAGCGGCGUAUAAAUAUAAAGGAAUUAAUUGGUUUAGUUUUAGAAAUGAUAACUAUUUCUUAUCUCAGACAAGAAUGUUAGUAAGACCAGAAUAUUAGAAAACAGAAAAAGUUUAAUAA